AAAUAUGUGGACAGACAAGCCUACGAUCACGUGAGCAUUAUGUGUAUGUAUAUAAAUAAAACUAACUCCAGUGUAUUUGGACCAGAAAGAAACAUUAGCAGACUUACAAGCUUAACGGAUCUACAUCGUUUUCAUAAUGGCGUUUAUCCUUCUGACUAUGAGCUACUUUGUUCAGCUACUGUUGCCAGUUGAAGGUUCUCUAGACAAACCACUGAUGUUGUCACCUCUAAUCAGCAAUCGUCAAAUCAAGCAAGCGAAGGAGCUAAGUCUUGUAAAAGAUGAGAAAUCUGUCAUACCGAACAGCCACGCUGGGUUCAUUACUGUGGACAAGAAACUCGGAAACCAUUUGUUUUUCUGGUUCUUUCCCUCAACGUCUGGGGCUGAAUCUCCGCUUGUGGUUUGGCUAAAUGGUGGCCCGGGAAAUCCAUCCACAUUGGGGUUGUUUUUUGAGAACGGUCCGAUCCGUCUUAAGAGCAACGGAUACGAACGUAGCAACAUUUCGUGGACACAGACAAUGUCAAUGUUGUACAUAGACAACCCCGUCGGCGUCGGCUUCAGCUAUUCAGACAGUGGGAGCGCCGGAUAUAGGAUUGACCAAGAUGGCUAUUCUAAAGAUCUUUAUGAGUUUAUUGAACAGUUUUAUCUUUUAUUUCCUGAAUAUCAGAAGAGAAAGCUCUACAUAGGCGGAAAGUCUUAUGGCGGGAAGUACGUUCCGGCAUUCGCUUAUCGUUUGCAUGUAGAAAUCGAAGCUGGCAGAUCAAAAAUUCCUUUAGCCGGUAUUUAUAUGGGAGGGCCACUCUUCGAUCCUUACUAUCAAUUUCUUGCAUCAUCUGACUAUCUAUUUGCCGUGGGAGCCGUAUCAAGAAAACAAUUAACACGACAAAAAGAACGUUUUAUAAAUCUUUAUAAAGAUUUCAGAAGUAAUCGACUUAACAUCAAUACCAUGCAAGACCUUUUAGUACGCGUCGUUGUAAAUCCAAAUAUACCUUUAGACAACUACUAUUCUGCGGAAAACCCUCCAUAUGAAGAACUUGAAAAACUUAUGACUGGAAGAGCUAUGAAACAGCUUGUCCACGUAGGGAACAGCAGCUUUUUACUGCUCGAUUCUAAAGUUGGAGAUUACAUGAUUAAAGAUAUAUUGACCAGCACAAAACCCAAACUAGCCGAACUUGUGGAGAAAUACAAAGUUUUGAUUUACGGAGGUGAUCUUGACGCUCUUGUGAGUCCUGCUAUGAUUGAUGCGGCCCUGCUGUCCAUGAAGUGGUCCAGACAAGAAGAAUACAACAACGCGACACGUUCUGUUUGGUUGGGUGAUGAUGGCGCGCUGUCUGGGUUCUAUUCCAGAACUGGGAACCUCUGCCAGGUUGUCAUUAAAGGUGCCGGACAUUCGGCGGGCUAUGACCAGCCAAAGAGAGCGUAUGACAUGAUGAAUUUUUUCAUUCAGCAAGGCUGUAUCGGCAAGUGAUGGACCCAUCGCAUAUCAACGAUUGAAAUGAGAAGCAAUAGUAGAGUUAUAUAUUUUUAAAGUAAAUAAACAUUUGCACCUUAAAAUUUACAAACGAAAAUG